UCGCUCUAUUACUUUGUUCUUCUUGAGCUUGGGAUAACGGUAAAAGAGUUGUCAAAGAUUUAAGAAAUUAUACUUUCUGGAUAUAUUACAUAAGACUUAUUUGGUCUUGCAAAUUUUUUUUAUGUAACACUUGCAGUACAAGCAAAUAAAAAAACAAAUGUACGGGAGAUUUGGUCCCAUAACUAAAUUCCCCAGCAGUUUGAAGUACAAGAAUGCUACCUUUUAUUAAGCUUAGCUGCUUGCCUACUUCAUAGUGAUUUAGGUACAUAUUUGUGAACCAGUUGUUGUCAUGGAUUUUUUUUUGGGGUCAAUUUGUCAUGGAUUUUAUACCUGAUUGUUUAUUAGUGUUUGUUAUCGCUUGUGCAUACUAAAAUCUUCUGUUACUCCAUUAUCACGUAAAUCUGAAAUACAACGAAUGUUGAUUACCAUACAAAUUUUUCUAUUUUUUGUUUGUCAAACCGAAUUCUUCAUUACUUAACUGAAAGAAUUUACAUAACAAUAAAGCGUUCAAGACCUGAGUGAGCUUGACGAUUCUCUAAACGAGGAAUAAAACAAAGAUAACGGACAUAAGAGAGUGGCGAGGUUCCAAAUGUCAGUAAGGACACCUGUAAUCUCAUUCACAUCCAACCCUGAUCGCAGGACCGAGAUGAGGACUGAGAGUCCGAAAACAGUUGGAUACUCUUGAAGGUUGGUUCUUUGGCUUUGAUGAGAGCUUCCCGGAUGGCUAGUGCUUCCGCCAUCAACACUGAGCAGACAAAAGGGCGGUUGGUAGAGCCUCGACAGAGCACUUCUCCCUCCACGUUUGUGAUGAUCCAUCCCAUUCCUCCUACCUUUGUAAUUUCCUGUCAGGCACCAUCAGUCCAACAUGGUGGAACUGAAGAGAGGCGCACAGAGGUAGCAGGCAUCUUUACUUACUCCUUUCCUUUCUUGAGAUUUUUCUAUUUUAUAAUCUAAAGUUCAUAAAAACUGACAGAACAAAACUUUCGUUUCAAAAUUAAUACAAUACUUUAACAUCGUUAUUAUCUCAUUGGCACAGUGAUUAGCAAAUUUUACAGGGGCCUAUCAAUUCUAAUUCUGAAAAUUAGGAUUUAUGAACAAAUUGUAAUUAUUCUCUACAGUACUUCUGUAUACAUUUAUGAGAUACAAUUAACCCAAUUUUUUUCAAGAUCAUCCAGUAGAUCUUAGUCAAAAUUUUAUAAAUUUAUAACAAAAAAGUUUUUUUUUUUCUUUUAAGGGUAAGUAUAUUCAACUUUGACCAAGAACAUAUCUAAACGGAAAUGCAGAUUUUAAUACCUUGACUAAAUGUAGCGACUUACCAAACGUCUUGGUAAUGUGUAUAUAUCAAUUCUUCAUACUAUUUUCUUCUAAACAAUCAUUUAUUAGUUAUUUAUCAACUAAGAAUUCAAACAAUACUUUUAUGGCAUAUUUUUCACGUAUUCCGUUCGUUGAUUCUAAGCAGUAAAAUAUAAACUCUAUAAAUUAAUAUUUGAUAAAUUAAUAAACACAAAAAAUCAUUUAUUUUUUUUUAUUAGACUAGUUCAAAAUAUGACACAAACCAAUAAUAUAUUUAGAAAACUAAAUAUAUGAUCCCACUAAAAUUAUAAAUUAAUAAUUUAUAUGUAUAUACAUUUUAUAUAAAUACAAACGAACCGUUGUGUUAUUUGUUUUAUGUUCAUAAUAAAAUUAUUUUUAUAUAUUCUUAAUAUUUUAAUAUAUUUAAUGAUAUUUAAUUUAUAGAGUUUUUAAUGUACUAAGAUUUUGUUAUUGGUUUCAUUUUCUUUAACCGUUUUAAGGCUUUUUCAUCCUUGUGAUUUGUUUCCUUAGCUGCUUAACAUACAUUCAUGUAUAAAUAUAAAGGAUGUUGCGCUCAUCACAAAUCAUCGUUGAAGAGAGAAAGAAUAAACUAACAAGAUGUUUUCGUUAUCGAUCCAUCUCCAAAUCACAUUUUGCAUUUUAAUAACGAUCCCUCUCGCAUUCUCUAAAAUAAUUCAUACAAACCAAACACUAAUCUUCCCUCUCACUGCCCAAAACAUACAUAAGGACCAUAACGCUUCCUCAACAAUAUUUCUCCAACAACGUCGUCUCUCUUCUUCUCCACCAAUAAAAAUUCCUUUCACGCACGAUGUCACACUCACCGUCUCUCUCACCGCCGGUUCUCCUCCACAGACCAUCAAUAUGGUUCUUGACACCGGAAGCGAGCUCUCGUGGCUCCACUGCACAAAACCCUCAACCUCAACGUCCAUUUUCGACCAUGCAAAAUCUUCUUCUUACUCUGCUCUACCAUGUUCUUCACCGGUUUGCACCACCCAAACCCAAGACUUAACCGUUCCCGCCACGUGUGACAAAAAAGCUAAUCUCUGUCACGUGGCUGUCUCUUACGCUGAUGGUUCCUCCUUGGAUGGGAAUCUUGCUCAAGAGACGUUUGGAUUCGGGUCUACAAGGAGACCCGCAACAGCGUUUGGAUGCAUGGACUCGAGCUCCAGCACUACACCAGAGGAAGACGCCAAGACAACCGGUUUAAUGGGAAUGAACCGGGGUCGGUUAUCGUUUACUAACCAGAUGGGUUUGACGAAAUUCUCUUAUUGUAUCUCCGGUUCUGACUCAACCGGUGUUUUGGUUCUUGGUGACGCACGUCUACCUUCGCUUCCACCUCUUAAAUACACACCUUUGGUAACUAAACUAGACCGGUUACCUUAUUGGGACCGGUUCGCGUACACGGUCCAGUUCCAGGGAAUUCGGGUCGGGUCAGUAAUGUUACCCAUCCCUGCCUCUGCUUUUGUUCCUGAUCAUUCCGGAGCGGGUCAGACGAUUUUGGAUUCGGGUACACAGUUCACAUUCCUGCUAGCUCCGGUUUACAACAUCUUGAAAACCGAGUUUACCAAACAAACCAAAUCGGUUCUCACUGUUGAUCCCGGUUUUGUUUUCCAAACCGCAAUGGAUCUAUGUUUCCGUGUUGGGUCAACCAAGCUUGAUUUUUCGAAACUACCAACGGUGAGUCUGAUGUUCGCAGGAGUAGAGUUGACCGUGUCGGGACAGAAGCUGUUGUAUCAUGUACCAGGACGCGGUGCCGACCAGAAGUAUUGUUUCACGUUCGGAAACUCCGAACUCGCGGGGGUUGAAAUGUUUAUAGUUGGGAAUCUUCAUCAGCAAAACGUGUGGAUGGAGUAUGAUAUUGCACAGGCAAAGGUUGGAUUUGCUAAUGACGUCAAAUGUAAUCAAGCGAGUCAACUUCUUGGAUCAAGACUCUGAAAACUUUUGUUUUACAAAUAGCUUUUUGAUAAAAUAUAAUAUGUUUUUUUUUUUAUCAUCAAAAGUCACUAGGCCAAAGCAACAGAAACUGGUUUUACAGCCAAGACAAUAAAACAAACGAAUGCCCAGCAGUGACACAAUCUUAAAAGGAAAGAUCUAUGCAUCAUUGGCUGGAGACUCUAACAAAAUGCAAUGUUGUUUCAGUAUUCGUUUUUAAUUUCUUUGAGUUUUUCUCUCAAUAAUCAUUGGUUAUAAUAUACAGUGAAACCUCUAUAAAUUAAUAAUGUUGGAAUUAUACCAAAACAAUAUUUUUUUAUUAAUUUAUAGAAAUAUUAAUUUAUCAAUAUACUAACUGAACCAAAAACUCAAUUUUGAACUAUAAAAUUAUAUUAUUUUAUAAAGAUUUUUAGUAUAUAUUAAUUUAUAGAGUAUUAAUUUAAAGAGGUUAUACUGUAAUAAGAGUUUUAUUUAGCAAAAUGAAUAUAUAUAUAUAAUAAGAGUCUUUGGAUUUAGGCUUUAAUUUUUUACCUUUUAACUCUUGCAUUGUAUACUAAAAGAAAUCAAAUAAUUUCAAUAUGAAGAACUUAAAAAAAUAAUCGUUUGGUCGAAAAAAAGAAACUUAAAAAGUAAUUAUUGGUUAAGAACUCUUAUUAUAUUUUACUUGAUUGGUUGCUAGAUAAACUCUAAUAGCCACUUUCUAUGAUAUUUUUGUUUUUAUUUUGAAUAUACCCUC